CAGGGACUCUAGCAAGUGGGAAAAUGCCAUGAAGGUGAAGAACAUGAUGAAGAAAAGGAAACUGAGAAGAUUCCUUGGCUGUAGUUGGAUUGAGGUUUAAUGAAAUCCUUCAUUAGCACUGCUCAUCGUAUUGCCGUGCACCCAAGAAUGGUUCUUUGCUCAGUUCAAAGGCUGGUGGCAUUUGUUGUCCUGAUAUUUGUUUGUAUUCCUCUUGCAUAUGGUUGGGGGAUUGAUGGGCAUCUCAUCACUUGCAGACUUGCUCAGCCAAGAUUGAACAGAGCAGCAGCAGAAGCUGUCUCCAAUCUCUUGCCUGCCUAUGCAGAUAAUGACCUCAGUAGCUUGUGUUCAUGGGCGGAUCAUGUCAAGUUCCGUUAUCACUGGUCAUCCGCUCUUCAUUACAUCGACACCCCAGAUAAUCUCUGCACCUAUCAAUACAGAAGGGAUUGCAAAGAUGAGGAUGGCAUGCCAGAUAGAUGUGUUGCCGGAGCAAUAUACAAUUAUACUAGCCAGUUAUUGAGCUACGGAAGAUCUGAUUCUCAAUAUAAUCUCACAGAAGCACUUCUCUUCCUAGCUCAUUUUAUUGGAGACAUCCAUCAGCCUCUACAUGUUGGAUUUACUGCAGACAGGGGAGGAAACACCAUUGACGUGCAUUGGUACAGAAGAAAAGCAGUUCUUCAUCAUGUAUGGGACGACGAGAUUAUUGAGACAGAAGAAGAAAGGUUUUAUGAUUCUAGUGUAGACCAACUUAUCGAGACACUCCAGAAGAACAUUACAACAGUGUGGGCUAGCCAGGCAAAGGCAUGGGAGGCCUGUAGCAAGACGGCAUGCCCAGAUGCAUACGCGACGGAAGGUAUCAAAGCAGCCUGUGACUGGGCAUACAAAGGAGUGGAUGAAGGUUCCUUCCUGGGAGACGACUACUUCGUGUCUAGAUAUCCAGUUGUCAACAUGCGGCUAGCACAGGGUGGAGUCCGCUUGGCUGCUACUCUUAACCAAAUAUUUGGAUGAAGAACCAAGCACAAGUGCCUCCCUCCCUCUGUUAAAUAGACUAGAUAAUGUAUUGCAAGUUUGUAUCUUCACUUGAUGCAACAUGUUUGUACAAAAGAAAAAAACAUCCAUUUUCGGAAAACUAGCAUAUGAGAAGUGGCUUAUUGAGAUUGAGACAAUCAAACUGCACCAACGCAGAUUGUCUCAUGCAAAUGCAAUUAAUUAUAUAUAUAUAUAUAUAUAUAUAUGUCUCUGUCU